GACGUGUUAUAGAGCACAGAGAGCGUCUAAAUCAAGUCGGAGUUUUUGUUUCCCGUAGAUUUCUGCAACGAAUGAAUAUCACAACGGGAGCUGCCGAUGAGCUGAUCACCAGGAAGUAAAACACGGCAAGAAUGAGCUGGUGGUCUUCUACAGAGGCUAAGUACCACGGCCUGGUCAACCAUGGGGCAACGUGUUACCUGAACAGUGUGCUGCAGGUUCUGUUCAUGACUGAAGAAUUCAGAGAAGCUGUGAACAGUCCUGAUGAUAAUCGUAUUGAUCGUCAUCUUAAAGAAUUGUUUGAGAAAUUACCGAAACGGACAGCGUCUACACGUGACAUAUUGAAAGCCCUUGAUGUCGACAACGUGUAUGAACAGAAAGACGCUGCAGAGUACUUUGAAAGAAUCUUAAAGAAGACCAGUGAAAAUGCAGCACAGAUCUUCCAUGGACAGCUGACUCACAGGACCACCUGUUUAAAAUGUCAGACAGAGACUAACAGUGAAGGGCCAUUCUGGCAUCUUCCUCUUGAACUGGGAGAUUCCUGUGGCGGAAACUACAGCGUGGAAUAUGGCAUCAAGACGUUUUUCACACCAACAACGUUUGAGGGAGAAAACCAGAUGUACUGUGAGGAAUGUGAUGCCAAAGUUGAUGCCACCACAGUGAGUAAAUAUUUGGUGUUUUCAGGUGUUGAUGAGAGAAUUGAAAAAUGCUAA